AUGCCUCGUCCUAAGAGGCCAGGUGCUCCCGAACCCAAACGGAGGAGCCGCAACGGAUGCUGGCCAUGUAAGGGACGGAAGGUUAAAUGUGGCGAAGAAAAACCGUCCUGCCUUAAUUGUCAACGGCAAGGUGAGACCUGCGACUACAGUAUUCGCCUGAACUGGGAAGGGAGGACCAAGAAGAAACCUAUUGGAUUCCAGUCCUAUAGCCCCGUUUCCAGUGUAGUUUCAUUCGAGCACCAAAUACCACAGCCAUUUCAGGUGUUUUCUGCGUCCGAUCACCAGGGACAAUCGUCGAUCUCUCUGGAUGUCCAGGGGUCACGUAACCCAGCUCAAAAUGCAGUAUCCAGGCCACACUCGCAGCAUGUUUCAACAUCUACGAUUGCCACUUUUGGAAGAGAUGAUCAGACUGAUGGCGAUCUGUUGAGCGCCUCUAAUCAAGAACCUCUAAGCGCUGCCAGUGACUGGACUGGACAAGAUGCUCCUCCGCCUGGCGGACUUUGGCAGGGAAUGGUCGAACCAAGGCCUUCUGAGGCAACACACUCUUGUGCAGUAUACGACCAACCAUUCAACACAGACAUCCACGAAACCAACUGUCCCCGAAUGUCACCGUUCAGUAUUAGUGAAAGGUUUGUCUCUCAGCCCACGUCAUUUCUUCGCCAAUCGUGGAAUGCGCAGCCCGACACGCAAGAGAGCCCCUCUAUCGGCGACGACAGAGGCUCAGAGUAUUCUGCCAAGCGCAUACGACUUUCCAGUUAUCCUUUCUCGUCUUUUCCAGGGUACGACGAGAACAAAAUCGUCUCGCUGAUAGACAGUCCGGCCAGCAUUGGUGACAGACCAGUUCUCCAGGGAACCCUGCGGCGUGUAUCUGUCCACUCCUUAUUAUCUCAUUCUGCGGAACCAGAUGCUGAGACCAAUGCCCUUCGCGCGAGUGCUGGGGAUGAGUUGAAGCCGGACAGCGGCACACUUGGUGCUGCUGACAGUUAUGGAUACGACUAUGGCUAUCCUGACCAUGAUCUCAACAAGAAUGACGACAUCGCUGCUCUCAAGCAUGCGAAACCAGAGGAACAAACGGAGGGUAGCCUACAAGUACAAUCACCGCAAACGAUAUCCACUCCGGGAAAUGAUACUGUUAUCAAAGGUGACUAUUACAGGCAACCAGUUCCAGUCAAUAUACCGAGAUACUUAUCUCCUCUGCCAUCUGCACUCCUCGAGAAUCCGAUCAAUCUAAUGUAUUUUCAUCAUUUUCUGAACCACACUGCGCGUAUACUUGUGCCACACCACUGCUCGGAAAAUCCGUUUGUGUCUGUUUUGCCUUCGAUGGCUGUGAGUGACCCUAAUCUGUUGAAUCUUCUUUUGGCGUACUCUGCCAGUCAUCGUGCAAGAUAUCUGCAGCAUCCCGAGCCAGCGAAUCGAAUCGCACACUGGGUCAGUGAUGUCUUCCCAACCUUGCGGCAGGCCCUGAACGAUCCUCAAGAGAAUGUCACGGAUAGCCAUCUGGCAACAGCCAUCAUGUUGCUCUCCCUGAAGAUCGUUUCACCAAGCACGUUCGAGGUCCCAAUUCCUUGGCAGAGCCAUCUGAAAUUGGCGCGCGAUCUCUUUGUAGCGCGAGAAGAACAUCAACUAGCCCGUCUGGGGAACAAGAUAGCCAUAUUCCUUUCCCGAUGGAUCACGUAUCUUGACAUAUUUGGAGGGCUAUCUUGCCGGCACAGUGACCCUCCUCUCUUUGGCGGCGAAUGCUGGUCUUCACCCAUUCCUGGCUCAAGCAUUGAGGAAGAAACGAAAUUCCAGGUCGAUUGUUUCAUGGGCUUCACUCCAGUCACACAGUCGUUCCUCUCUCGUUUAGGUGAUCUUACCCACCGCUGCGACAAUGAACGCUUCGAUGAGACAGGAAGAUUUCUCGCAGAUUGGGGACCUUCCCCGGAUAUUGUCCUAGCUGCAGAAAGCUUACUACACGACAUGCAGGAGCUCCGAGAGUACGGCAUGAUUCGAGGAGCGCACGAUGAAGACGUGGAAAGUGUGGAGGCUAUUUCUAUCGAUCAAGCCUUCCACUGGGCCGCGAUGGUACAUCUACACCGUCGAGUUCUCAAUACGUCGCCAUCUAGUCCAGAAUUCCACGCGUGUUUAAAAGAACUCUUUGGCGUCCUGAGAAAAGUCCCCAUUGGAAGCCCCCCUGAAAUGUCAGUCAUCUUUCCCAUAUUCACAGCUGGUUGUGAAACGCAGGAUCCGCUAGAGCGGCUAGAGAUUCUGGACAGAAUCAAGGGCAUGGAGAUAGCAGGUCUAAAGCAGGUCCAAAAUGCACGCACACUUAUGCAACGCUGUUGGGCAGAGGACUUGCCAUGGAUCGCACUCGCAGACGGCGAGUUUCUAGGAUGA